UGUAUUUUUGCAUAGGAACAUGUUUUUUUUGCAUGAAUCUGCGCUACAGUAGCGCUACAGUGCCGCGCACAGGACUCUCUGCCACGUGGCUGCUGCUGGGCUCUCCGAUUCGAUUUUUUCCAGCAAUCCAACGGCGACGAUUUUUUCCAGCAAUCCGCAUCUGCGUCCGCGUCUCUCUCCUCUCAAUCCAAAGCAGGUCAGCAUCGCCCAUCGCUCUUCCCCAUCGCUCUUCGCAGUCUCUCAGCCCAACGCCACCGCCUCCGCGUCGGCGUCCGCGUCUCUCUCCUCUCAAUCCACAGCAGGUCAGCAUCGCCCAUCGCUCUUCCCCAUCGCUCUUCGCAGUCUCUCAGCCCAACGCCACUGUCUCCGCGUCGGCGUCCGCGUCUCUCUCCUCUCAAUCCACAGCAGGUCAGCAUCGCCCAUCGCUCUUCCCCAUCGCUCUUCGCAGUCUCUCAGCCCAACGCCACCGUCUCCGCGUCCGCGUCCGCGUCCGGGUCUCUCUCCUCUCAAUCCAAAGCAGUCUCUCCGUGCUUACUUGCGUACAUGGAGGGUCAUGGUUAUAAAUCUUUAUAUGUAUUGGUGACAUCUUGUGCAAGCCCAUAUCAAGGUGAGAUAUAUGAAAUUCAAAUCCAAAAAGGAUCUGGACAAAUUAUGGGGGAAGGAGGAGGAGCAAUUGGAGUUAAUUAUGGCAAAGAUCAAGCCCCACUGAUUGAUCCUGUAACCACCUUCUUCAACAAGAAGACUUACUCCAUCCCGAACAUUUGUCUCUGUGAUGCUACAGAGUUAUUCGGUGGCUCCAAGUUGUAUGUGUUGCUGAGACAGGGCAUGCAAGUUAGUCCUCUUCACUCCUUCAUGACAGUUGGGAGUUUCUUCCACCUGUUCCCUCCUUUAUUUAUGAUAUAGGAGUGGAGAUAUUUGGUUAUGCUGUUUACAACGACAAUAUUUUGCUUUCGUUAAGAUGCGCCUUAGGAUCUAAGUUCAUUGCAUUUCAUGUAAGAACUAAGGAAUGGAGCCAUGUCGAAGCAGAUUUAUCUAGUCGCAUGGCCUUAUCACAUUUUCCUUUCCGAGGGAGGGCGGUGGUUUUAGGUAAUCGAAUGUAUGCUUCAUCUAAUAUAUUUGGGGUGGUUAUUGAAUUUUUCUUCGAUUGUGAAGCAUAUUCUUUAACCCCAAAGUUGGUGCUUCCGGGUUUGGAAAGAAUGUACCCUUCAUACAUGGAUUUUGGUGUUCAGACAGAGUAUUUGGUUCAUUUGGGGGGCUGGGAUUUUUGUCUUGUCCAGACUGCCUAUGACUACAGGAGGAAUGAUCGUCAGCCUCUGUGGAUCACCACGUUCCGAAUUGUUGUUGGAAGCAGAGGAAGUAGCAAGAUCGAGAUUUUGCAUUCAACUGUUCGCGAUGUGUACAUCCGCAAAGCUUGGUAUUUUCAGGUCAAAUUCAGCUUCAUGCCAGAUUGCAAGAAUGGUGAACCCCAAGUAGAAGAAGAAGAAACAAGGAGCUAGGGAACGGACGCAAAGGGACUCAAAGGGAAAGUAUGGCAGAUCACUUCUUCCUUCUAGAAAAAAAUCAUAUGAACCCACAUAUUCCCAGUUCAAUGUAGUUUAGUUGUGUAUUUAUGUGUUUCCAACCGAGAGCAUUUUCUUUUUGAGCUGUGAAUUUUGUGACUUACUAUCUUAGUAUUGCUUUGUAGUAAUUUCUUAUUCAAAAUAGACAUUGAGUGAAUUUUGUGA